AUGUAUCAGAUUGGCAACAUCUACGGCAUCACCGCCAUCGCCGUUAUUGGCGGUGGCCUUUUUGGAUUCGACAUUUCCAGCAUGUCGGCCAUUCUUCCCACACAACAAUACCGCUGCUACUUCAACGAAGGACCCUCGUAUGCCGACGAUCCAGAUGGUUGCUCAGGUCCCACGGCCAACGUCCAGGGUGGUAUCACCGCCGCCAUGCCCGGUGGGUCCUUCUGCGGCGCUCUCCUCUCCGGCUACAUCACCGACAAACUGGGUCGCAAGACCGCCAUUCAGAUCGGUUCCGUCAUCUGGUGCAUUGGCUCCAUCAUUUCCUGUGCUUCUCAAAACAUCGCCAUGCUCAUCGUCGGCCGUUUCAUCAACGGUAUCGCCGUCGGUAUCUGUUCCGCUCAAGUCCCUGUCUACGUCUCCGAACUCGCUCCUCCCUCAAAGCGUGGUCGUGUCGUCGGUGCUCAGCAAUGGGCAAUUACCUGGGGCAUCCUAAUUCUGUUCUAUGUCUCCUACGGCUGCACUUUCCUCGACGGACCUCAGGCUUGGCGUGUCCCGUGGGGUAUUCAGAUGCUUCCCGCUGUCUUCCUCUUCUUCGGAUUGCUCUUGCUGCCUGAAUCGCCGCGUUGGCUGGCCCGCCACGAUAAGUGGGAAGAGUGCCAUGCCGUGCUCACCUUGGUUCACGGAAAGGGCGAUCCCAAUGCGCCCUUUGUUGCGCUUGAGUUAAAUGAGAUCAAGCAGAUGAUAGAGUUCGAGAGGCAGAACGCCGACGUGUCCAUCAAAGAGCUGUUCCACCCCAAGAUGUUGAACCGCCUACAUAUUGGUGUCUUCACCCAGAUCUGGAGUCAGCUGACGGGUAUGAACGUUAUGAUGUACUACAUCACCUACGUCUUUGGUAUGGCCGGUCUCAGCGGCAACAACAACCUCAUCGCCUCGUCUAUCCAAUACGUCAUCAACGUUUUCAUGACCGUCUUCGCCCUCAUCUUCAUUGACCGCUGGGGUCGUCGCUGGCCUCUCAUGAUCGGCGCACUCCUGAUGGCCACCUGGAUGUUUGCCAACGCCGGUCUCAUGGCCUCGUACGGACACGCCGCCCCGCCAGGCGGCCUCAACAACAUUGCUGAACAAUCCUGGGAAAUUGGCGGCGCCCCCGCCAAGGCUGUCAUCGCUUGUACCUACCUCUUCGUCGCGUCGUACGCGCCCACCUGGGGCCCCGUCUCGUGGAUCUACCCACCGGAACUCUUCCCGCUGCGCGUCCGCGGCAAGGCUGUCGCUAUUACGACCUCCUCCAAUUGGAUCUUCAACUUUGCCCUCAGCUACUUCGUGCCGCCUGCGUUCGUCAACAUUCAAUGGAAGGUCUACCUCAUCUUUGGUGUGUUCUGCACGGCUAUGGCGAUUCAUGUCUUCUUCUGCUUCCCUGAGACGUCAGGGAAAACUUUGGAAGAUAUCGAAGAGCUCUUCUUGGUGGGUGUCCCGGCCUGGAAGACGCAUGUGGAUUACCAGAGUACGAGGAGGGCGGAGGCUGGUGAUUUGAAUGAUAAGGAGAAGGCGUUGCAUCAUGAGAAGAGCCCCGAGAGGGUCGAGGAUGUGCCCAAGGCGUAG